AUGGCGUCCUUCGGCGAUUCCUCAUCAUCAGAAAAUGUGAAAGAGAGCACUUUAUGUCGAUAUAAUCCCGAAUGGGCAGAUGUCACUCCUAUCGAACAAAAUGACGGCUCUGUGUCCGUUGUGACCAUCGCAUACUCAGAGCAGUUUAAAGACGUUUUUGAUUACUUCCGCGCUGUUAUGAAGAGUCAAGAAGUCAGUGAACGCGCCUUUAAACUAACAUCCGAUGCAAUUGCAAUAUGUCCGGCAAACUACACAGUAUGGCAAUAUCGUCGAAGGUUAUUAAAAGAACUGAAGAAGAAUCUAUGGGAUGAAUUGGAAAUGAUUGGAAAUUUCAUUAUCGAAGAACCUAAAAAUUAUCAGGUGUGGUACCACCGUCGAGUACUAGUGGAGUGGUUACAUGAUGCAACUCAGGAGCUAAGUUUUACCACAGAAGUCUUACAAGAUGAUCCAAAAAAUUUUCAUGCUUGGCAGCAUCGUCAAUGGUGUUUAAACACUUUUAAUUUGUGGAAUGAUAAUGGCCAUAAUGAAUUAGCUUAUACUUCUGAUCGAAUUAAAGAAGAUGUUAGAAACAACUCUGCUUGGAAUCAGCGCUACUAUGUUAUUAAUAACACAAUUGGUUUCAAUGAUGAUGUUCUCAAUAACGAAAUAAGUUUUACUUGGCAUUGGAUAUCGAAAGCGCCUAACAAUGAAAGUUCCUGGAAUUAUUUGAGAGGAGUCCUUAAUGGACGCAUGAAGGCCUACCUCCAUCCUGAUCUGAAAUCUGGUUGUACUUAUUUACUGUCUCAAGGUUUAGAAUCAUCUCAUUUAUUAGCAUUCUUAUUUGAUUUAUACGAAGAAGAAUUAGACGAUGUACAUGGCAGUACCGAAAACAAUUACAAGAUGAAGUUGCUUGCUAAAUCAAAUGAGGCAUGUGAAUUUCUCUAUCCGACUGAUGAGAUUGAUCCUAUUAGAAAGAAAUACUGGAAGUAUAUGAAGCGACGAUUGAUCAACAAAUUUGAUCAAAGCGACUCUUUAAAGUAA